UUUAUAUAUUAAUUAAUAAUAGAUCCUCAUCGUAGAAGAUAUUCAAAUCGAUCGUUUUAUAUUUACGAAAUGAAUAUCGAACAACGACCACCAUUAAUUUAUUUAUAAACAAGAGAAAAUCAUAGACGUUAGAUUUAAUCGAAAUGUUAUUUUAUUAUGGAGAAACGUUUGUUUAACUAUAUUGAAUAGAUCUCGUAUCGUAGAUGAGAAGAGAAAUCGAAUAUGCAACAUUAACAUUUUUACAACGUUAUUUUAAAUAAUAUUUUGUUUUUUUGUUUCAUUAUUAAAUAAAUAGUAAGAAAUUAUUUGUGACGAUAAUAUUUUUAUUUAAAAAGAAGAUUUUUCAAUAACGCUCAUUUCAAGUUGAAAUCAGAUAUGAUCAUACCGGUACCGAUCUAACCUCUUCUUUUUUUAUCGACAUUUUAAACACUCGAUGACAUUUCAAUGUCUACAACGUUCAACAAUUAGAAUCAUUAUCAAUCUAAUCGAUUUUAUCUAACUCUAUUGAUUUAGUAGAGUAACCGAACGAGAUUUUCGAACGAAUCAUUAACGAAAGUGGUGGAUUUUAAACAACGAUCGAGAUCUAUUCUUAACAAUUCUCCUCAAUCUUACUAGUUGAUUCAUUGUGAAUAUAUAGGAUUGUUCUAGUGUCAUUCUAUCGUUUAUAUAUAAAUCUAAGAAGAAUAUCUUCAAUACUAGUCUAUUUUAACAAUGGAACAUACUGGAAAAAUUUAUAUUUCCAUCAUUUAUUUAUCGAAUAGAGAGAGAAUAUCGUUAUUAUAAAACUUUUCAUUUUCACAUAAAUAGAUUAGCUUAUAUAUACUCAUUUUGAAGAGUAUGUUCAAUGAUAGAAAUCGAGAUAGGCUUGUUAUAGGUUUUACUCUAUAGAUAUAAACAUAUGUUAUCAUAUGGAAACUUGUUCUGAAAGAUAUUGACUAAAUAAAUUGAAAUUCAUCUCUCAGACAUAGAUAACGUUAUGUAACGAUUCGAUAGAACCUUUAUAUUACUAAAGUAACUAUGGCGAGACCAUCUAUUUGAACAGUUUAAAUCAUCUUAUCAGAAAAGUCAACGUUUUGUUUUUUUUGAAAAUUAUAAUAGGAUAUGUCCAGAUAAAAACUUAUUGGUAAAUUAUUCAAUGUCUACUAUUCAAUUGAAUUUAUCGUUAUAGUAAAAAGAAUUGUUAAUAGGAUUGUUUUUUGUUAUUGUCUAUAUUUAUUUCUCUAUGACUUAUUUAACUAAUCGUCUAACCUUACACCAAAUAUUUGACUAUAUUCUAUACUAUGAGCAUGUUUCUUCUUUGAGAUAAUUUCAGAGAAACGAAUAUGAAUUUGUGUUGAAAUCUCGAAGAUGAAUUGUUGUAAUAGAACGAGAUUUAUCUAUCGUCUAUAGAAAAUAAUCUACUAAUCAGGACGGACAUUAUCUAGAAUAAUACUUAUCUUAUUAUCCUUCAAUAGAAGAUAAAAUUGAAAUAAAUUUAAACGAUAGAAUUAUCUCACAACAGUUAUAGAACGUUUUUUUAUUAUAUAUAAUCAUCAUUAGUUAUUCAAUAUCAAUGAAAAAAAUCAUCUUAUCGUUUGGUUUUUUUUUUCUUUAGCUUCUUCUCUCUAUUCAAUUUCUCUUAUAUUUCUAGCUGAACCUUAUUUUAAUCAACCUGCUUAUGAACGUACACGUGGUAGAACAACUGGUACUGGUCAAUCAGUUGAAUAUGAUGAUUAA